AUGGGGCUGAAGAGAGCAGACUUGCGCCUCAACCACCCUUUCAUCCAGAAUCUGAUUGCUGGUUUGAUGCUCCUAUGUCUCCCGGGCAUCUACCUCGCCUUGACAGGUCUCGGAGCCGGUGGAGGGAAACCGUCGUCUCAAGCCGUAGCUGCAAACGUCAAUGCCAUCCUAUAUGGCGUCUUCUUCAUCACCGGGUGGUUUGCGGGCUCGGUGAUGAAUCUCAUCGGCCCAAACUACACGGUCUUUCUCGGGUCGAUUGGAUAUAGUCUCUACACGGGUGGUCUGUGGUACUUCGACCGAAGCGGACACUCCUGGCUGGCAUACCUCGGUGGAGGCAUUGAAGGGGUAUCUGCGGCGCUUCUGUGGGCGUCUGCCGGCGCCAUUGCGUACUCGUACGCCGAAGAGAAGGACAAGGCUCUGUUUAUGACAAUCCAAUGGUGCAUGUGUGAAGGUGGCUCGACGAUCGCAGCUCUCGUAGCUCUCGGGAUCAACAUACACAGCGCGCGGCAAGACGCGGGCGCUCCCACGCCGGUCUACGUCGUCUUCGUUGUGAUCCAGGUCCUGGCCAUGGUCCUGGCCCUGACGCUGCUCGUGCGGCCUGCAAAGGUGGUGCGCAGCGACGGGACCAAGAUCGCCAUCUUCAAGCAGCCGUCCCUGAAGAGCGAGCUGGAGGGGAUCGUCGAGAUGAUCAAGGACUACAGGUUCAUGAUGCUGCUGCCGGCCAUCUUCGUCGCCGAGAUGGCCCUGGCCCUCCAGAGCUCUCUCAACGGCUACUACUUCAACUUGCGCACCCGCUCGCUCAACAACGUCAUGUUCAACUUCAUCCAGCUGCCCGCCAGCUUCGGCAUGACCUACAUCCUCGACAAUCCCCGGUUCGGGCGCAGGAAGACCAGAGCCCUGAUUGGCAUUUCGGUCAUGAGCGCCGUCACGCUGGCCAUCUGUGCCGCCGAGGCGGCGUGGCUCGCCCAACACCAUCUCAACCGACACGAGGCGGGACCGUCGACCGACUGGACGGAUCCGGGCUUCGCCGGCGCCUUUGUCAUCUACAUCAUCUACGGGAGUGUGUACAGCAUCUACCAAAUCGCGACGCAAUACGUCAUCUGCGCGCUGACCAACGACCCGGAACGCCUUGCGCGGCGGGCGUCGUGCUUCCGCGGCACCACCGCGCUGGGCAUGAUGUUCAGCUUCAUCAUCGACGGCAACGGCGGCACCUACAUCACCCAGCUGUCGUUCCAGUUCGCGUGCUACUUUGUCGGCAUCCUGUUCCUGUACACCGUCACGGUCCUGUACGUCAGCGACACGAACUACUUCCACGAGGACACGGUCAUUGUGCCCAAGCACAUUGAAGACGACGCGAGGCUGGACGGGAGGAUUGCCGCCGCCGCCGCCGCUGGUGGUGGUGGUGAGGAGGCGAGCAGCGUGGAUGGGAAAGAGACCGUGGUUGCCGGUGACAAGAGCGUUGUAUGA